AUGGCAUGUCCGGAGGGGCAAAAAGUUGCUUUUGGUACAUAUUCUCUGGUGGAAGAAGCUGAGUAUUGGUGGGAGAAUACUCGCCAAUGCCUAGAGGUUGAAGGUCAAGAUGUGACAUGGGAUGUCUUCGAAAGGGUAUUUUUGGAGAAGUACUUUCCUGAGGAUGUUAGGAACAAGAAAGAGAUGGAGUUCUUGGAGCUCAAGAAGGGAAACCUGAUUGUGGCUGAAUAUGUAGCCAACUUUGAGGAGUUGGUGAGGUACUUUCCCCAUUAUCAAGGGAGAGAUGGUGAAAGUUCCAAAUGUGUAAAGUUUCUGAACAGCUUGCAACCUAAAGUGAAGCAAGUUGUGAAUUACCAAGGUGUUCGUCAAUUUCCACUCUUGGUUAACAUGUGCCGGAUUUGGGAUGAAGACUCUCGAGACAGGGUGAGCUAUUAUAGGAGUAUGGUUCCAAUGAAGAACAAAAAGAAUGGACCUCAACAUCAGGGAAACCCGUACUCGACCCCUCCUAAGAAAUAUGGUAGUCGCCCCAACAAUCAGAAGACUGUUGCUAUGGGGUUUGUGGGUGGUAGUGGUAGCAAAUCCAAUACUUUCCCCACUCAUAUCACUUGUUAA